GUGCAUGACAGAACUGCACAGAGAGCUUAUAUAUCUGUGAUUUAAAUUUGAAUCUGACUUUCAUUUUUUGUUUAUAUUAAAAAUAAAAUGUUAUAUUAAUUCUACCUGAGGAAGAAAUAUAAUUAAAUACGUGCCAAGAAGUAAGAACAUAUACAAUGUCUGAAACGAAGGAUACAGCACCAUCGGAGCCAGUGAAACCUAAAAUCAAACAUGAUUGGUACCAGACUGAGGCACAAGUAGUGAUCACUAUUUUGAUCAAAAAUGCACCCAAAGACAAAGUUAAGGUUCACUAUAGUGAUAAAAGUUUAUCAGUAUCAAGUUCAAUCCCAGACUCAGACAAUGAGUAUAGUUUAGAAAUAGAGUUAGCACAUGAAAUAGUCCCAUCCAUGUGUACUCAUUUGGUGACACCCUCUAAGAUUGAAGUGAAGCUGCGCAAGAAGGAGGGGUUACGGUGGACUGUACUUGAAGGAGAGGGGUCUGAGGAAAAAAUUAAAACUAUACCCCAAGCUAUUGUAGAUGCCUCUGGACCUCAACAGCCUCCUAAAAUAUAUAAAAAAGAUUGGGACAAAAUAGAAAAAGACAUCAAAAAAAUGGAGGAAGAAGAGAAACCGGAAGGUGAAGCCGCACUGAAUGCUCUCUUUCAAAAAAUAUAUGGAGAAGGCUCCGAUGAGGUCCGACGAGCGAUGAAUAAAAGUUUUGUGGAAUCAGGUGGUACUGUACUCAGCACAAACUGGAAGCAAGUGGCUAAAGACAAGGUAGAAGUGAAACCACCUGACGGGUUGGAGUUUAAGAAGUGGGAUUAAAUGUCACAAUGUACUCUUUAUUGAACUUCGGUAUGCUGCACUUUGUUACAAACAGACAGUAUAGAGUAAACCAACUUGACCACCUUAGUGAAAAGUAUAUUUAUAAAACAAAAUCUACAUUUCUACUAAAGUGUGUUUCUUUUUGUGGACAAUAUCUAGAAAUAUAUACAAAUAUCAUAAAGAAGUUAAAUAUUGUGAGUUUGGAUGGUCAGGGUAAUCUCCUGUGCUGAUAAAAUUUAUUUAUAAUGUCACGCCACGUCAAAUAGGAAUAGAGCUGGAAAAUGUGACCACAGAUGAAGUUGCACAGGUCAUCUAAUAUAAAAUUUAGGUGCUCUCGAUAGUCUAGCAGUUUAGUACACCCCCAUACUACCAAAGGUCGCGGGUUCGAUUCGAUGAGUAUAAUUGUUUUUUCUAUGUAUACCAUGUAUGUAAUUAUAAAACAAAUGUAUCUAUGUAUUUAUAUACGUAGUCAGUCCUCAUAACACAGCUCCUGCUUAGAAUAGGACUGGAUGGCGUUGUGGAAAUUGUCCUGAAAUAUUAUUAU